AUGUCUUCAAGGCUUAGAGUGAAUAACGGCGAUUGGGUUUGCCCGGACAAAAGGUAAAUUUCAUUUAUUAUACUUCAUUUAUUACCAUUCUUUUGUAAUCUCGUUAUUUUGGUGUUAUACAGGUGCGGAAACGUCAAUUUUGCGCGGCGCACGUCUUGUAAUCGAUGCGGGAGAGGUACGUGGAUUUGAUCACCCUGUUUUGCAGGUCUUUGAUUUCUUUCGCCACUUUGUGUUUUUCGAGUGAGUCUAUUAAAUUCGGGCAGUAAAGUUGGUUAAUAUCACAGGAAUAUAAUUUUUAGUUUCUAAUUUAUAGGGAUUAAUCGUUAAUCAUGGGACGUUUUGCCUGGGGUUUCUUCUAGUAAUCUGAUCUCCCGACUUUAAGCUUAAAUCAAUACCACCCGCUGUAGCACUGUAGUCUAGCUUAUGUACUGACAAGAGCGGCUCUUGGUAUUGAACAUUAAAAUGAACAAAGAAUAAUUUACGGAUUUUUUUAAUGAAAUAUAUCAAAGUUAAUUCGCACCUUUGCAUAUCGUUGAUUUGAAAUUAGCCAUUUUUGCACUUCUUAUUAAAACCUUUAUACUACUACAUGAGAAAUUUCUGCAAUUUGAUUGGCUUAGAGCAGUGGUAUUUCAGCUUAAUUUGAAAUACCUACAUGUGAAAAUUACAAACCUUUUGUGGGUAGUAGUAUAAACAAAUAAUAGCAUGAUUUGUAUGUGAUAUUUGGCAUAAAUACCACACGUGAUAUUUCAAAGUUGUCUCAAAUUUCACUCGCCUAUCGGCUCGUGAAAUUGCGUACAACAAUUUUGAAAUAUCUCUCGUGGUAUUUAUGCCAAAUAUCACUACAAAUCAUGUUAUUACCUAUACUAAUAUUUUUAUUAAAUGGGCAAUUCCAGAAAAUAUCCAUACCCAACCACGGACGGCUUCCAUGUUUUAUCCCCCCCUUGCCUUCGGAAAUUCCAAAAUGUGUUACCCCCCCAUGCCCUCAGAAUUCCAUAAUCGUGAACCCCCCCUCCCCUUCAGAAUUUCCGUUUUUUUGGAAGUACAUUUUCGACUUAGCAACGCCUAUAUGAACAAACAAACAUGAAUUUAUGCCUCCUCAAGGCUGUGAUCUAGCGGUGCCAGGCGACAAGCUUUACUCUAACCUACCGCUAGUAGCCACGCUGCGCAAACAUCUUUUUAGGUCCGAAUUUGGCUAUAAAAAUAAACACCACUAACGGCAAUUUUACUCCUCUUUGUUUCCUUGUGCUGUUUUGACAUUUACAAAGCAAAAUAGCUCAAAUUCAGACUGUUAAAAUCUUUCGGCGGUCAAAUAUACCGUCGAGUCGUGUUGCGUCCUUUUAUACGUCAUGUAGUGUGCACGAAAAGUGUUCUAAUCUGACAGGCGUUCCUUGGAAGCCAGAGACUGGUGCGAGUUUUUUCACUGUUCAUCGGACGGGAGUAACAAGAAACUUGCAAGCAGUAAGAUACAUAUUCAGUUUUUUUUUCAUGUGACAAGAAAUUUAUCAAGGUCAAUGUGAAACCCACGUUUUACUGUUCACUUCUAUAAGUUUUGAGCGUAAACACGUGUCUGAUCUAUCGAUGCUUGUCUUCUGCUUCCGCGGUCAUACGUUCGUGGUUUAUUUACGAACUACAAAAGUCCACAACAAUACCCUUUUCAAGGAACUCACUCUACACUUUCUACUCCAGAAAUCUCACCUGUGGAAUUCCCCCAUGCCUUCGGAUUUCCAAUCGUAAAUACCCCCCAUGCCCUCAGAAUUCCAUAAUCGUGAACCCCCCCUCCCCUUCAGAAAUCCUAAAAGCCGUCCGUGGUAUGGUAUGGAUAUUUUCUGGAAUCGCCCAAUGAUAUUAUUAACGUUAAAAUUGUCUUGGAAAAAUUUGAUUUCUCAAAUAUUUCAUUCAUAUGGUUAAAAAUUCUGUCUGGAGAAUUUGUUGACAAAAAAAAUUAAUAAAUAAAAAAGAGGCCUCUUUCAAUCACAAACAAACAAACAAUAGACAAACAAGCACCUCAGCUGAAUUCUUCAGAAAUUGUUCAUGAUUACACCCAUCUUUAUGGUAGGCAAGCUUAGAAAAUCAAAACAUUUUUUUCAUUAAUACAAAAUGUAAUAAAAUAGCCAUAUUUUUUAACAGAUAAGGCAAGCAAAGAUUCAGUCAAGUUCACUGGUACACAAAUAGGAAAGCAAGCUGCAGCAAAGAGUAAAGGAUUGUUCAGUGCUGAAGACUGGAUGUGUUCAAAGUGUGUAUCUUGAAAUUAUAAUGUAGUAAUGUUUGUAUGCACUUCAUUCUUUGAGUCUUAAAGAUCCUUAUGGCUGUUAUGUAUAACAGUUUCAGUAGCAUGAGGAGUGUCACAACUUUCCCCCUGGGGGGGUACUGCCGUAUUUGGGCUAUAUAGAUAUGUGCCGCUGUGAAGGGUAUGCUUUUCAAGCAGUUUACUCUAGGAUAGGGUAUAUAAAUUAGAGCAUUUGGGUCUCGAAUUGGGUAUCAUUUUUCAGGAAACUGAUCAGUUGGUUGAAGAUUUUAAGGUAAAAGGUUUUGUUUUAGCUAGACUGCUAGUGACCUCAGUAGUUUCUGGAAAACAGCCACUCUAGGAUAGGGGGGAUGUGGGAAGUUUACUCUAGUAUAGGGUAGCAGAAUUCAGCUGAACUAGCUCUGGUAUAGGUUAAGGGUUCCAGGGUCCCAGCGGCAAAUCUCCACCCAGAAAUUCCUAAAGUACCCCCCCCCCCGGGAACUUUCCCUUUCCCCAGUUAUUCAAAAGUUCAAUAAUGCCGCUAUCCAGUACCCAGUAACACAGAGGCAACUAAGCCACCAGUUAAGUCUGUCUGCAGCCAGCUCUAAACUCCUUGUUCUGUCGUUCUGUGUCCCCCUGCCACCAGGAUUAGAGUAUGCACCAUGGUUGGCUUGUUAAAGGUGCCUUUGUCGAUUUGCCAGUCAGGUUAAAGGGAAAUUCAAAAAACACUUGCAUUAAUCCAUUGAGUCCGUUGGGGACCCCGAAAAAUGAUCUUGUGAGUGCUUUGCAGAUGUGUUUAGUUACAAGUUUACUUGCCUGGAUUCUUCCUCUUUCUUCCUCUGGAAGAAAAUCUACUUCCCCUGGACAACUAGUGGGACUUUUUUCUUUUCAAGCUCUGUAGUUGUCACCAGUACCUAUGUGAGUAGAGCGGGAGAAAGUAGGGCAAAGUUUGUUGUCCAAGGGAAUAAUGCGAUGGCCUUUUUAUUUGCAGAUGUGGCAAUGUAAACUGGGCACGCAGGUCUGAUUGUAAUAUGUGUGGACAGCCCAAAUAUUCAAAAGUGGAAUCCAGAACUGGUGAGGUUUCUAAAACUCUUUUAAAGUUUCUCUUAGGAAAAAGACUUGGUAACAGAAAACACAAUUAGCUUGGAAAAGGCACUACACAUAAACUUUUUGGUGGGUGUGUGCUGUCUAGACUUUGGAACCCUUCAACUAUUAUUGCACUUUGAAAGUUGCUGACUCUUUUCUCAGCCACCCAAAAGUAAUUGUCAAAACAGUUUGUGUUGAAGUCAAAGAUUUCUGGAGUGGGUGAAAUGAGUUUCACCAUAUCUUCUUCUUCUUUAUCAUAUCUUCGUUCUUGGUUUGUAGGUUAUGGCGGUGGCUUUAAUGAACGAGAAGGAGUUGAAUAUAUUCAACGGCAAGAUUCUGAUGAUGAGUUUGAUGAGGUAAGCCUUGAUUUGGGUAAAACUGUUUAAAGGUUUUCUUAUAGGUGCUUGCAGAAAUUAAUGUUGUAGUCUCAUGGCUAGGAAUUUCCUAGAAACUGACAGUGUUUUUAAUUGGGGAAUGAUUUUUCUAGUUCCUUUCUUUGUUGGGAGAGGUUAUACAGUAAUGUAAAAAAGGGCUAAAGCCACAUUUGAAUGUGAUAACCUUUUUCCUAAUGAAUUUUUUAUUGCUUUUAGGAUAAUUGAUUCAAUUGAUUUACCUGUAAGGCGGAAUUAGUUGUGAUGAAAUGGUACCAAAUUCAUUUACUUUAAACACACUUCUUGGGGAAGAACUUGAAAAGGCUAGACAAAGUUUUUGAAGAUCCCUAGUUGGAAAAGUAUACCAUUUCAAGCUUGAAAUGCUCAGUUACAUAGUUAUUUCUCUGCCUUUGAGCAAUGUUUCUAACUGUUGGCAUGAAAGACAAGGGUUUAGUAAAAUGAUUACUCAAAUUUGCUAAUUAUUUUUGUUUGUGAAUUAUAGUUUGGAAGAAAAAAGAAAAAGAAACAAGGAGAGUCACAGCCAGUUCCACUGCAGGUAUUGUAGUAAACCUUUAAAUCCUAAUAUCAGCAUGCAUAUUCUCCUUACUGUUCUCUGUACAUUUCCAAUGGUACUGGUGAUGAGAAUUUGUUGAACAAACCAGGUUUCAUUUCCAUUUUUCUCAUGACCUUUAAGUUUGAAUGAGGAGUGUCACUGUAAAAACAAAAUAUUGAACACCCCAGGGUGCAAAGAAAGUUGGUUUUACGGCUUGUCAUUGCGGCAAGUUGUUGCUAGUAUGUACUAGCCCAAGAAUCUUUUAAGAAGCCCCCAAAAAAUUUUUGAUGAGCAGCAUUGAUUACAGUUCUUCUGUAAUUUGAAUUUCCCAAAAAACUUCACUUGCCCUUUGGGCAAGUUAAGAACGGGAUUCACUCGCCUAAUUGCAAUUAAAUCCACUAGCCCCGGGCUAUCGGACACGACUUUCUUUGCACACUGCAUACUUAGGGAUAAAUCUUGGAACUUUCUAGUGUAGUGGAACAAGCACCAAAAUGGGGAGUGUUUCUAUUUUACUUUUGUCACCAAUUUCCUCAGGGCAGUUAUUAUUGGGCUGCCUGUAAGGGCAACACCCAAUUAAUAAAUGAGAAGCAAAUUCUUUUUAAUUCAAAAAAGACAAAAUGGCAGACAGAAAUCCCAGAAGACUUUGCAUGUCCCAUUCCUCCUGUCAAUGGGGCCGAUUUUGUGGGGAGGGAAUGGGUCAUUUCACAUCAUCUGGUGAACAGAUUUGGAAGUGAACUGGGAACGAACACAAAUUAAUUAGGAAAAGUUCCAUGAGUGCUGAAAAGACAAGAAUUUCUGUUAUUUUAAAACCUUACUCGCAACAUUUCAUUAUUAAUCAUAACUAUAACAAAAUUCUCAAAUCUGAUUGGAUGUUAACUGUCCUGAUUUCAACACUAAUAGGACAGUAUGCAUCAUGCCUAGUAUGUAAUUGGACAUUAGGCACCAUCAUGCGUGUGCAUUUAAAUGGAUUUCUUUUCACUGCAUGCAAGAAAACUCUUGCUUGUGUUUUAAUUUUCAAGAGCGUUAAAACAUCACAAAUUUUGUUAUAGUUAUGAUUAAUUGGUAAUAGAACUUUCUUUUAUCCAAUUUUGUCUGUAAUCUUACUCUUGAUUAAACAAUUAUCACUCCUAUGAUUACAGACCAAAUUGGACUCCACUCAGUCCUAUUACCAUUAUAAAUAUUGGCUUGCAGUUUUUUAAGAACAUGCACUGAUUUCAUUUACAGAAAGUGACAAAUGCCCCUCCUGCAGUAGAAGAGGAAGAUGAUGAUGAUGAUGAUGAUGAUGAAGAAGGAGGUGACCUGUCAAAGUACAACCUUGAUGAUGAGGUAUAAUUCGACGAUGUCAUGAUGUAAUGUUCGUUAUUUUUCUUUCCUCACUUUCUUGCUGAUUUUCACUCCAGAAACUUUACAAUAAGCCAUUAUUUUCCGAGUUCCAAAAACUCUCGCUUUCAAAAUAAGGCUGUGAAAAUGAGUUUUAUUUGCAUUAGGAUUAAAAAUCAUUUCAUUUUUAAUGGUUUCGCUCUUUUUCUUGCUUUGAAACAGAGGCUCAAUGCAACUCGGAAAUAUGAUACUAUUCCAUAACUUUUGUUGAACUUUUGAAUCUUCCCAGCACAGUCAACUCUCUCCAAGACGGACACCUUUGGGACUGGCACUAAGUGUCCGUCUUAGAGAGAUGUCCGUCUUAUAAAGAGUCAAAUAAAGGGAAUAAGCAAAGGCAGGGACCAACUCUAGGUGUCCGUUUUACAGAGGUAUCCGUCUUAUAGAGGUGUCUGUUAAGAGAGAGUCAACUGUAAUCCCCUUUUAACUGUACUUUGAGUUAAUUGUGGUGUUUUUAAACAUCAUAGGAUGAAGAUGAUGAAGAAGAUGGCGACUUGUCAAAGUACCAACUUGACGAUGACUCAGACACUGAACCCAAGGAUAAGGGCCGGUAAACUUCUUCCCCUGUCUGCCCUUCACCUCUCAGGUGGGGCCAGCCUCAUAAGAUCAAACUCUUUCACUACAUGUGUUGUUUAUCUCUUCGUUGCUAUUUUUCCAGAUUUCUACAUGUCCAUUUUGGGGUGCAAUUUUGUGCUUGUUGCAAAUUUUAUUUUCCCUUGUUUUUGGGUAUGGUAAUGUUGUAAUUCAUUGUAUCACAUAGAAAAAUAAAGUUUGCACCAAGGAUAAUUCUCUCUAAGCUGGACAACAUUGUGAGCAGUUCGAUUCAAACUGUCCAACGUAGAGAUGUUUCCCUGUAUAAUAUAGGAGGUAGUUGUAGUCAAGUACAGUCUGUUAACUUAUCUGUCCAGUAGCUUUUAGCUUCAAACCAGUUUCUAUUUCCAAUAAUGCCAUCUCGUAGUAGUAUGAUUCAUCAAUCAGAGAGGUUAUAAGAUCUUUUAAAAUGAAUUUUCUUGAAGGUUUAACUUCUUGCUGCUUUCUCAGUGGGCCAAAGGAGGUGGUGAUUUGUAGCUGGAGGGGCCGGGGUCACAUUAAUUUUUAUGGACGGAUUGACCAUUAUUGGCGGCGGAAGUGGGGGCAGUACUGAUCACUCUUAGGGGUGGGAGGCAGGGUUUGGCUUGUGCAUGCCUGAUGCAGGCGUAUUAAGUCUUGUGGUGUCCAUUUUGCUAAAGUUGCAGUUUGUUUGUAGUCUCUAGUUCAAUUCCUUUACUUUGCUAUGUAUUUUUGAGAGUUGGUCUUUGCACUUUUUUGAAACACCAGAAACUUGAUUUUCAAGUUAUUUAUUGGUUCCCUUUUUCAGCAAUUCCCGGUCGAGGUCAGGUUCCCCGCCCAGUAAGAAAAAACGACGCAGCGGCAGUAGUUCAUCAUCAUCAUCUUCAUCAAGAUCAAGAAGCCGCUCCUCUCGCUCACGCAGCCGGUCAAGGUCUCGUUCUAAGAGUUCCAGUUCUUCUUCCAGAUCUAGAUCAAAGUCUAAAUCGCGAUCCCGAUCAAGUUCUCCCAAACCAUCAGGUCCAGGGGAAAGAAGGUUUGGUUUUUUGGUUAUGAUGAGAUGA